AUGAUUGCACUCCCUAACACCGAACUGAUUGCACAGCACCCCAUCGGAGAGCGGUUAGACGGCUUCCGCGACGCGCUUCAGUCACAAUGUGACGAGCUGAGCCUUUCUGGACUGAAGAAUCAUCAGUCGCGAAUCGCCCGGCUAGUGGAAACCUCAGACAUCAAAGAACUGGUCCUUGAUCUAGUCCUCGAUCUAGUCCUUGUCUUGCAAAGGGCUCCACUGGCCCGCAAACUCCCUUCCCCUAGCGGCGCCGGAACGCUUUUGCGAGAUCUCUUCAGCCUCGGUACCCGAAUUGAAUCCGCCGACUUCGAUGCAACAUCAUUCAUUCCCUUGUUCGAACACAUCGACAGGCAUGCAUCCGAUGAAGAGAUCUGCACAGCUCUUUUCGCGCUUCUUGCGAGUUACACCACGGACCCCCCAACCGUCUUCAGCAAAGUGCCCCUCGACACGCCUCUCAAGUCCACCUCCUCCUCCCAGCACGCCGACGAACAGACUCAUGACGAUAUCGACGAGCGCAUACUGCAAGAGAUCAACGGUUGCGUCUACAGGGAUACUGGUGGCUUUUAUGGAAAAUACUUCGAAGAGAAGGAGUGGUCGGCUGACGCGUACCGUAUAACACAAAUGGCGAAUCCACAAGUGCGAAGUGGUCGCUGGACAGAAUAUCCAACAGUCCCGUCGCAGGACGCUUUCUUCGACUGGUUCUGGGGAUUCCAAAGCGGAUUUCUCUGCAGAGGACGCAGCAUGUUCUAUGCGUCUCCAGACCACCCGUUGGCCGGCUCCGACUGCAAGCGCAAGCCAGACCUUUUCCUCGCCCCCACCAACGUUUCCAAACACGGCGGCAAGUACAACUGGGCAGAUGUACGCGUGAUCGGAGAGCUCAAACAGAGCGAAAUACGAGGAAAGUACACGGAAGAGCUGCUCAAGUUCACUGGACACGCUCGGGAGGUGUUCGCCGCUCAACCGACGAGGCGAUUCCUCCAUGGCUUCGUUAUCCGCGGAUCUAUCAUGGAGCUUUGGGUAUUCGAUAGAUCAGGGCUAUACGGUAGCAAAAAAUUCGACAUUCACAAGGACCCGCGUCGAUUCAUCCAAAUCAUGUUCGGUUACACGAGGAUGAGUGACGAAGAAUUGGGCAUGAACACGUACAUCAAAGAGGACAAAGAGGGCAAAUAUAUUGUACUUGAAGAGGAGACUAAGAAGGACCGCGUCUAUCUGGAAGACACACCGAUCGCAUUUCAGCGGGCCAUCGUAUGCAGAGGCACUGCCUGUUAUCGAGCGAAGAAGCGCGGUUCUCAGCGAUGGCAAUAUGUUGUCAAAUUUGCCUGGCGGUCGGACAAGAGGCAGGCUGAGGGAGAGUUGUUAAAAUUGGCAAAAGAAAGGAAUGUCUGGGGCGUUGCAAAGCUGACAGAUCACCACGAUCUAGACGCGAUAGCUGAGCUGCGGAGCGGGUUGAAAUUCGGAAAGCCUCAAACAUUCAGGUCGGCACGGCGAGACUCGAUCAACCAGAGCCGUUCAAGAACACAAAGCAGCCUGCUAGCGAAUGCCUUAGGGAUCAGUCUAACGCCUCGUAACUCAUCAUCGUCCGCCCAGAAGCGGAAAAGGGCAGAAGAAAAACCUAUGGCGCCUCCACCGAAACGGUCCAGGUCGGGAAGCUGCAGACGAUCACGCAGCACAGGAUUAGUCACUGCGCAGACGGAUAUUGCUGUUGGAGGCGCCAGCAAUUAUGUCGACAAGAACUCCGACGUGAACAGUCUCACGGCUCCUGAUGUUCAGGACGAUGGACUUUUCGAAAAUCGAAUAUUCUCUUGCCUGAUUACCUCCCCUCCAGGGCGUCCUCUUCGCGAGUUCACCUCAGUCCACGAAUUUCUUGAGGCAUGUCGCGACUUUGUCAAAGCACACAGAUCUCUGUACUGCGACGGAAAGAUACUUCAUCGUGAUAUUUCUGAAAACAACAUCAUUAUCACGGACGCAGAGUGGAAAGAAGACCCUACAGGCAUGAUUAUCGACUUGGAUCUGGGGAAAGAGCUUGACGGAGGCCCGAGCGGAGCGAGACAUCGAACUGGCACCAUGGAAUUCAUGGCAAUCGAGAUUCUGGAAGGCAAACCGCAUACGUACCGGCAUGACUUGGAGUCGUUUUUCUACGUCUUCGUGUGGAUUAUCAGUCAAGCAAGGGACAAGGCUUUGCUGAAGACAAGCCGGCUUCGACGUUGGUAUGCAGGAAGCUACGACCAAACCGCGGAAAUAAAAAGAGGGCAUAUGGAUAAAAAGGCGUUUCAAGGCAUCCUUGCCGAGUUCCCGCAAGCUUUUCACGGUCUUAAAGGCUUGGCCGAAGAGCUCCGCAGACUAUUGUUUCCAAUCCGAGAGGAAGCGUUGUUUACGGGGACCUACCACGACCCCGAAAGGCUGUACCAACCGAUGAUAGAUGCUUUUGAGAGGGCAAUCGUCGGCUAUGAGGGGAGUCGCAAUGAGGAUUAUUGA